AUGGAAACUGAUCCUAACAAAGUUGCAAGAUGGGAAGGCUCAGAUAGCAACCGAUUUGAGAGGCUAUUCAUUGCAUAUGGAUGCUCAAUUAAAGGCUUUGUGGAAGCUUGUGCAUUUGAUGCAGACAAUGAGUUGUUUCCUUUAGCAUAUGGUAUUGUUAGCGGAGAAACAAAUGAUGAAUGGACUUGGUAUCUACAGAAUCUGAAAGAGAUAACUAGAUCAGCACAAGUGACAAUUGUCUCAGAUCGGAGUAAUACUAUUAUCGGUGCUGUCAGGACAGUAUUUGAUGGUGACAGACAUGCUUUUUGCUAUCGACAUGUGAAAGAAAAUUAUAGUGCGCAGUAUGUGAAAAUCAAUAGAGGUGUGAGACGGACCUUAGAAAAUAACAAGGAGAAUGCACUUAAUUUACUUGAUGGAAUUGCAUAUGCAAGGCAUGAUAAUGAGUUUAAUGUUGCAAUGGGAAAUUUAAGAUUGUUUUGUCCUCAAUUGGCACAAUGGGUUGAAUCUCAUGGGGAUGUGGAUAGAUGGGCACAAAGUAAAUUUCCUUUUAAAAGAUGGGAUAACAUCACCAAUAAUCUUGUUGAGUCUUUUAAUGCAUGGAUGUUGAAAGAAAGGAAGCACGCCUUGCCGGUUUUGAUACAAGAGCAUCAAGAGAAGUUGGCCAAGAAGAUGGUUGCUAGCAAAAUGGGGAUGAAAAGCUGGAAAAAUGGUAUAGGACCCAAUAUUGAAUCAAAGUUGUCGGAACAAAUAACAAGAGGUGCGUAUAUGGAGGCAACAUAUUAUGGUGAUGACCAUAUUUCGGUGCAGACAAUACAUGAGGGACGCAUCAUCUAUGUUGCUGUUGAUCUGAUUUCUCACAGAUGCACAUGUUUGGCAUGGCAAAUGAGUGGAAUACCUUGUCCACAUGCUUGUGCAGCAAUCAAACUAGUUCACCAUAGUGUGUAUGAUUAUGUAGAUGAUUGUUACAAAUUGUCCACAUAG